GCGUCCCGGUUGCUCUAGUGGGAGUGGGCGAGCUGGGAUAGGCUGGGAGUUUGGUUGGAGCCGUCAGCGGGACGGGAUUAGGCACAAGAAGGGGGGAAACGAAGAACCGACCGACUAUUAACUUCUGGUUUGUGAGCGGCUGCAUGUUGGACAGGAAAUCUGACGUAGACAGCUUCACGGAAAAUAGCAUUUGUUGCGUUAAAAGGCCACGGAUCUGAGCGGCGCGGAUGACAAACAAGCGUCGCCGUGCAAACUUUCUCAACCGGGUUUGAUCGCUCGUAAAACCCAACAGGGAAUUGUGUUUUUGUUUUUAACGGAGGCGUAAAGAAGAGGACAUCAUGCCACGGCGCACCGUGCAAGAAGUAACAGUGCAAGAUGUCCAGAAGCGGAGAAAUCCGAACAAACACUACGUUUACAUCAUCAAAGUGUCCUGGAGCGAUGGCAGUACAGAAAUCAUUUACAGACGCUACAGCAAGUUCUUUGACCUGCAGAUGGAAUUACUGGAUAAAUUCCCAGUGGAAGGAGGUCAGAAAGAUCCUAAGCGCAGAAUCAUUCCAUUCCUACCAGGGAAGAUCCUGUUUAGGAGGAGCCAUAUUAGAGAUGUGGCCAUGAAAAGGCUAAGGCCCAUCAAUGAGUAUUGCAGGGCCCUCAUUCAGCUACCAGUCUACAUCUCCCAGUGUGAGGAGGUCAGAGUGUUUUUUGAGACCAGACCUGAAGACCUCAACCCACCCAAGGAGGAACCCAUCGGAAAGAAGAAAUCAGGGAUUGUGGAGAGAGCGACUACUUUCCUAAAGCGAGGAGAUUCCACCUCAGCAGAUCCUCUCCUCCUCGACCAGUAUGUGGCAGUAACAGAUUAUGAGAAGCAGGAGAGCUCCGAGAUCAGCCUGCAUGUGGGUCAGGUGGUGGAGGUCAUUGAGAAAAAUGAGUCUGGGUGGUGGUUUGUGAGCUCAGAUGAUGCCCAGGGCUGGGUCCCUGCCACCUGCCUUGAGGCACAGGAUGACCCCGAUGACUUCAGUCUUCCAGGGGAAGAAGUGCCACGGAGAUUCUGGUCACUGCCAAGGCACAUGGGUCGUCGCAGAACUUUAGGGGAUCUAUUCAGCACAGGCUUUGGGCAAGAAGAGAAGUACUCAGUCAUUUACCCGUACUCGGCCAGGGACGAGGAUGAGAUGGACCUGGAGAGAGGCAUGAUUGUCGAGGUGAUUCAGAGGAACUUGGAGGGCUGGUGGAAGAUCAGGUACCAGGGCCGUGAGGGCUGGGCCCCAGCCUCCUACCUGAAGAAGACUGACAUCCAGAGCCAGAAGCAGUCAGCAGGUGCUGCUGCUCAUGCCAGUACCAACGACCUAGACGGGGUUUCCAAACAGCAAAACAAUGCAGCCAGAGAGAACCGAGACAACGGCCAUAAAGAAAACAGACUCUCAUUUUUUUCUGACAACAAAAAAGUGGGAUCAAGACACAGACCUCCUCCACGCAGAGAUCUUACCAUUCCACGUGGUACAAACCUACCCAAGCCGCCCAUUCCUCCUCAGGUUGAGGAAGAGUUCUACACCAUAGCAGACUUCCAGACCACCAUCCCUGAUGGUAUUAGCUUCCAAGCCGGAGUCAAAGUUGAGGUGAUUGAGAAGAAUGCAAGUGGUUGGUGGUACAUCCAGAUAGAUGAAAAAGAGGGCUGGGCCCCUGCCACCUUUAUUGACAAGUACAAGAAGACCAGUAAUGCCCUGCGACCUAAUUUUCUUGCCCCUCUGCCCAAUGAGAUGGAGAAGCUGAGACUGGAAGAUGGUGGUUCUUCAAAUGUUUCAGGCACAGAUGACAGCUGGUCCAAGCCUUUACCAGAUGAGCCAACCACAGCCCCUGAGUCCUGUGCCCGGCCUAAGCUGAGAGAUUGGAAGUCCAGUGCCAGCAAGGGGGCCCCUGGGCUUUUACCUCCAGCCCCAGCUGCCCCUCCAGUCGAGGAGAAACCAGCUCUGCCACCUCGAAGGGAGUCCAUUAAUAAGAGCUUUGAAUUGGAGGUAGCAGAGAAACCAAGACCUGAUCAUUCUAAACCUUUGCCCCCAAAACCCCCAGCUCCUGGGGUCAUCAUGCCGCUUGUUCCACCCAAGGCAGCCCCCUUCAAACAGGACAAACCACCAGAGACCAAGAAAGAAGAUAAGAGCAAACCUCUUCACCUUCGAAAUGAGAUGGGUCUUGAAUGUGGCCACAAGAUCUCUGCUAAAGAGGUGAAGAAGUUUAACCUGAAACCCGUACCUAAACAGCCACCAAAACCCAAAUCAGAAGCGCAGGAGGAGAAACCAGAGGCAGCUGGCCCAGCAGUAUUUAUUAAGGCAAAGCCAGUGAUCCGACCUAAACCUGUUCCAGCUGCCAAGCCAGAUCCUCUGGCAGAGAACAAACUAGACAUCACCAAUCUGAGAAGCAAGCUGAGGCCAUCAAAACCAGCAGAUCUCGGCUCUGUGUCAGCUGAGGUGAACCAUCAGAAUGACACCUCAGCAGCAGUAAAUAGUUCCCAACCCAGUCCCCCCAUCCAUAUCCCUACUCUCAAUAAUGGUAAGCACUGUGAUGAGCCAAAACUCCCUCCAAAACACAUUAAUGGUCAUAGCCAGGAGAGCUCAUCACCCCCUACAAAACCAGCAGUGCCUCCCCACAAGGAACCCCCUCAGAGACCCCCCACCAUGGCUCCAAGGAGACCUCCUCCUCCAAAGAAGGAAAGCCCAUCCAGCCCGACUGAGCUCAAACCUCCACCUGCUCUAAAAGAAGCCCGGGACAUUCCCAAGGCCGCACCACCUCAACUCAGCAGACCCCCUCCCCCUAAACCCAAAGGGUUCGUUCUGGCACCUCCGAACAAAGAGAGAGAAGAGCCCAAAGUUAAUAAAGUCCCGAUUCCUCCCAAGCCCCAGUUGAAGAGCGAGAAGCCCGGCCCGCCCAAGGACAAGCUUCCACCUUUACUCAAAGAGCCCAGUAAGGAUGAGCUGUAUCUAGCUGUGGCGGACUUUGAAGGGGAUGAAAACACAUCCAGCUUCAAGGUGGGUACAGUGUUUGAGGUUCUAGAAAAAAACGGCAGCGGCUGGUGGUUCUGUAAAAAUGUAGGAGAAGAAGUUGAGGGCUGGAUCCCCUCGAAUUACCUGAGCAAGAAACCUUAAUAUGAAUGUGUUCCCAAAACCAUCGCCAUAUGAAUAAAUACACAAACCAUUUCAAUGAACAAAAUAUCCCUACUUUGUAGCUUAUUAGCAUUUUUUAUUUAUAUGUAGCUUUUUUUUUUUAACUGACACAUUUUUGUUAUGUUUCAUUUUGAUAAGAAUACUCUACCUAAACUAAACCAGCAAUAACACAUGACCUUGUUGGGUCUUGUGAUGUUUCCUUUUUUUUUUUCUUUUUUUUAUCUAAAGAUUAUGUGAAAUCUUAGGUAAAAAGGCUAGACAAUAGAACAGCAGUAAAUGUAUCUCCACCCAUGCCUUCUAUGAUAUUGUGCCUCUAUAUUAUAUGCAAAGUGCUUCAGUGCUUAAUAUACUGUAUGCAACUGUAGACCUAGUCCUUGUUGGAAUCUUAAAAACCUUUUGACUAAAAAUCAAAAACCUAUAUCACAGAAGAAUAUACUAGAUGUUCAAAUCCAGCUAGUCUUUCCCCAGCAGUAGACAAGAAAUGCUAAAUCCCUUAGACAAAGACUGCAUGUGAACUCACUGGGGGAGUUCACUGACUACAUCUGGGCUUUCAAGUGCUAUUAGCAAUUAUUAAGAGAUGUCUUUGCCAAGUAGAAGUGCUGUUUGUUAUACUAGAAACAUGCAUAUAUUAGUUUUUGUGCUAUUGUAUUGCUUUUCUUCGUUGACUGCAUAAUUAAUGUUGCAGUGCCUUGUAAAAGAUGUGCACUUCGUCAGUCAUUUCAGAUGAGGUAAGUUUAAGGUUUGCACACGCUGAGGGAAGGGGAAGAAUGCCACAGUGCAUUUUAUUUCUUAGUUUAUUAGUAAUUUUAUUAGCUAUGGUUUUUUUUAUACUCACUGUAACAAAUAUCCACCAAUAUAAAGACGAGGCUAGAACAUCCAAACUGACAAGGUGAAAAGAAGCUCUGUCAAAGUAUUUUAACAUAAUCAUGUUAUCUCACAUCCAGAAAUAAAAAACUUGCAGAGCACAUCUGCAUAUCUGUACCAGAUGUCUGACCUAAGAAAUUGGAGAUCUACAGUGAUUUGUGCAAUUAUUUACAGUAUUGUAAGUGUACAGUCUGUUCUUAACCGAAGUUUGGUGCUCAAAUAACAGCAAAGUAUGACCAUUGUAUAAAAAUAAUGUUUUACAUUAAUGCUUGACUGGUCUCAAGCAUGGUCAGUAUGGCAAAUUAUUUUUUAUUGUACAGAAAUGAGAGAGGCAUAUCUUAGCUGUUGUCACUUUUCUUUGAUGGUCCAUCUGUUAGCUCUUUUACUCUGUACUGAUGAAGGGGUUGGAAAGAAAGAAAGGAUGAAAGAGCCAAGAAGGAAUUUGCUAAUUAGAGGAAAUAAAGAGGGUUGUGUUGUUUUUUGGGCGGGGGGUUUCUGUCAAAAGAUAAAUGAAAAAUAAGUCACUUAAGAAAAGUAUGUGAAACAACUGUCUGCUAAAUUCACAUUAAAUGGUUCAGAAAUAAUUGUAAUUAAGUGUUGUAAAAUUGAAAAAUAAUGGUUCUCGACACAAAUCAGACAAGGCUGCAAGCUGUAACACUGAUGCUGUUCUGCUUCUAGUUGCUAUAAUGUUAUUCCACCCUCCACCCGUGUUUUAUAUAGAAAUGACAGUAUGUUACCAAUUAGAAGGGGAAAAGCAGUUUUACAUAUACCUUGUAUUCGGGUAUAUUUUAUGUGGACAAAAGGCAGGAAAGUACAGUACAGUGCAAGGCAAAUGGGUUGAUGGUGUCAUCAUUUCAGUAUUGUAAUCUUAUUUACUUUUUUGUAUUUUUCAUUACAUUGAGUCUUUUACUUAAGUCAAUAAAAGUUUCAGAUUUUUCA